CUUCGACUACACCUCAGAGCUGGGCGCCCACGCCGCUCCCCUGCGCUUCCGGCCACCCAAGCUCCCUCCUCCUCCUCCAGCCCCCUCCCCAUCCCCAUGUACCCCGUCUUUCACUACUCCUAGCCAGGCACAACACCCGCACCACCCUUGCCAGCCGCAGCAGCAGCAAACUUGCCAGCAGCAGCAGCCACCGAAACAGCAGCCGCCACCGCAUGCGCAGUCGAUACCAAUGCCCGACCAUAAGGGAGGCCCCCUGCCUCUGCCGUGCCACCAGCACCACCUGCACCAUCACCAGCAGCACCACCUCCACCGACCCAUAUCAUUGCAGCUGCAGCAGCGGCCGGAAGAGGAGCUGUCCGUCGCUGCAUGCCCCUUGCGUGUCCCACGGUUAGCACCUGACCACCUACACUUCGGCGACGCAGCAGCGGCAGCAGUGGCGGGGGGGCCGCACGCAAGCCGCCCUGACAGCACCUCCCCCGCAGCCGCAUGCGGCCAUGUAGGCUCGUCACCGAGCGGGACCUGCAACCGCGGCAGCCCACCGGGGAACGCACUCCUUGAUGACGCACCUGGGCCAAGAGGGCAGGCAGACGCAGGGCUAAGAAGAGUUGCGGGGCUGGCAACAGCAGCCGGUGGCGAGGGGGUUGCUAGCAGCGGCAGCAGCACUGGUGAGGGUUGGUGCAACGGCGCGUUGCGAGGCAGCGAUGUUGGUGGCGUGCGGAGCAACCUCUUCAACGGAGGUUGCGGCAAGGGCCAUGCCAAGGAGGAGGUGGCUGGGGUCGACACCGAUGCCGGGCGCUGGGUGUUCUGCCGGGACUACUCCAAUGGGGGCCCAGUCUUCCAGCUUGCGAGCGACAUACCGGUAGCAACAGCCGCCACCGCUACUGCAGGCGCUAGUAGUACGGCAGCGGAAGCGGAGGCGGCAUUAGGGCAUGGCACGGAUGAUGCGCAUGCAGUAGCAGCAGCCGCGUCAUCAUCAUCCGCAGCCACCGCCUCCUCAUCCCCAGCAGCACCAGCAGCAGCACCAGUGGUGGGGGCUGUGGAGGUGCUGGCGGUGUACCCGGAUCUGGGGAACGCGAUGGCGGCUGUCAGGUGUCGUGUGGGCCGGGGCGUGGCGGUGCUAUGCGGUACGCAUCCCGAGAUGCCGUACGAGUCACUGUUGAAUGCCGUAUUGCCGUACGACGCACGACAAGCACGACACGUGGCGGCACUUGGCUCGGAGCUAGCGGCCUGGGAGCGACAGCGGCGGCAGUUUUGGAUGGCACUGUUGUUGGCAUGUUGUACGUCAAGCGCUGCUGCCGAUGAUGAUGAUCCGGGAUUACCGGCGGCGGUGGCAGCAGGGGCUGCAGCGUCAUCGUCGUCGUUAGCACUGUUUGGUGGCGUGUUGUCGGCAGCGGGAGUGAGCUGCGACGCUAGCAGGAAUGUGGAGGCGGUGAAGGCGGUGGGCGUGGCGGUUGAGCGACGAUGAGAGGGUCUGUCAGGGUCUGUCGCAAAGUUGGGGCUGAGAAGCAACAUUUGAUGAUGUCGCCUUUUUAAUAUCAGGCCGUUACUCUUCCAUCCAUCCUUCCUUCCUUCCUUCCUUCCUAUGUAUAAUGUUAAUAAUUGUACACUGUUGCACACCUAGGCUGAUACCCGUUCAUCCUCCUUCCCGCGUUUCCAGGCCGCUAACCGCCUUGAAUAGUUUGACUCCACAGUCCACAACUAGCAGACUGUACACGCAAGAAGAAGGUUAAAGCUUGAUGCCGUAACAACCCUGCGAUGGCUGCUGCAGCUGAUGCACUUUAUGAGGGGGAACACUUUGCGGUUGGCGACGGCGAGUUAGUAAGCGAGUUCGACGAUACAGAUGGCAGUGGACAUGACUUUGGUAGCCAGGAUGGAAUUCCAGGGCGGGAGGCCUCGAGGCAGCACCUCUCCCAGGCGGAAACGGACGCGGUGUCAACGCGCAGCAGCAUCACCAGCACCUUUUAUGCGUCCUCUGUUGUUUCAUCGUCAAGACCAGCUAUAACGAUAAUCGGUGUUGCUGAAAGCUGCAUCUCCGAGACGGAUGGAUGGCAGGGCCGCGCGAACGGAGGCAUCGCGAGCCGGGGUGGCUUUGCCACUCUACUAACAACCCACCAGCACCAGCAGCACGGACCUGCUUGCAGUAACAGCACUGCAAGCAUCCCACAGACCAGCAGCAGCAACGGCCCACAUCCCGACAGCUGCGAGCGAAGGCCCUUUCACAGCAGUGUGCACCUCGACCAGCAGCCACAAACAUUUACAGUCGAGAGCACUUGGGCUUAUCAUCCUCCAGCCCUUACAGCUACCGCACCAUCACAACAACCGUACCAAGGGCUUCCUGCGUUGCCAGUUCCCGAACAAAGCGGACCGGGCGGACCCAGCACGCGACCCGACCCAGCUGCUAGAAGAUGCCUGACCGCCUCCUUCACAGCGGAAGCCUCCUCAUUCCCCUCCUCCUCCUCCUCUUUCUCCCCGUCGUGCUCCUUCCCAUCAGCCCACCCUCGUGUCUGGCAACACCACCAACAACAAAAACAACAGCAACCGCAGCAAGGGCUUCAGCUCGAAGCAAGCGGAGCCGUGCACGGAGCGCAUAGGCAUCUGGGUCCGACAAAUCCAAGCCAAAACGACCCAUGGGUCACUACACCACCCGGACGCCACAGCAGCAGCAACGUCGCUGUUCCUUCCGAUAUCACUAGUUCCUCCCCGCCUUCCGCUCGCAUUCCUCCCGCUCCGCCCAUGUUUCACCCGAACCAGUCCGCUGGUUCUUCUCCCUCAGGGCAAGUGCAUGCGACACCUCCACGCCGGUCCUCAGCCCCCCAUGCUUAUGCCGCUGCUGCUGCAGCUGUUGCAGCUCGCCAUCCGCUGCCGCAGGGGGCUCCCCAGCCCUCCGCCAGCCCAUGCAGCUUCGGCAGCCCCUGUCCCAGCCCUCCUGCUGACUCCGAGCUACGCCACGUCAGCCACCGCAGCACCCCUGGGGGUCGCAGCGGGGGAGGCAUGUACGACGACAACCCGUACGACAACAGCACCAACAACAGCAAGACCGUUACGACGGGCUUGGAAACGUACGACAACGCAUUGCAGGAACGGAAGCAGCGGCAACAACAGGAGCAGAAGGAACAUUUGCAGCAGCAUGUAUUCCAGCAGCGGUCGCCUGCUGCUGCUGCUGCUGCGCCGCCGACGCCGACGCCUCUGCCGUUGGAACCGCGACGGCAGCAGCAGUCGCCGCUACAGUGGGCGGGGCUGUCACCGCAUCAGCAUCAGCAGCAGAAGCAGCAGCAACAGCAACAGCAGCAACACUACCAGCCUUCGCAAUUCUUGCGGCCAUUGCACCAGUCGCAGCAGCUGCAAGAUCAGCUGCACCAGCGGACGCAUUCCCCCACACACCCCGACACCUCCACCGCCACUGCUGCUUCUGCUGCUGCGCCCCUCCGGCAGCCUGCUGCUUCCCAACCGCACCCGCCGCCGCAAUACAACGAACGACACAUUGAGGUUGACGGCCACCCUGACCCACAUCCCCAUGCGCGCAACCACCACCGCCAUCAGCAGCAGCAGCAGCAACAACAGCCCCUCUUUGCAUACCUCAACAUGCAAGGUAGCGCCAGCCUCCAUGCAAGACCAGGCCCGGGGUUGGACCCGACACAUGACGCUCCUGCAGCCGCCCCGAACGGCGCUGCUGCUGCGGCUGCUGCCCGGGGCUAUCCUGGGGGCCCCAACAUGUACGGCAUGUACGGCAGUGCUGGUUGCUGCAGCGUGUACGGGAACAGUUCCGCCGAUACCCGCGGUGGCAGCGGCACGCCGUACGGCAUGUACGGCAAUGCGUGCACUCUCCCCAGCGACGACAACGGCGACUGCGGUGCAGGCGGCAGGGAUGGGGCGGGAGGCAGUGGAAGCGGUAGUGGCUUCGGCGAUGUGGCGGCGGCUGCUCGAAGUCAGGGCGCGGAGCUGCUAGCUAUGGCUGGGCGGUGGAUCAGUGGCUGGCGGGAGCGGUGUGCGGCGGCGGAGGCGGCGAUGGAGGAGCUGGACCUGCAG